AUGGGAGUAAGAGCUUUAGAGCAGCGCCUCUUUCAUCUGCUACGGAGCUGCAGCAGACUCCAAAAUCUGAUACAAAUCCAUACACAAAUUCUAGUUCACGGUUUGGCUCAGAAAAGCUACAUUCUUUCUAAGCUGGUAGCAUUCUAUGUAGCUUCUGCGCGUCUCGAGGAUGCGCUCCGAGUUUUUGGGAAUGUAGAGAAUCCGAGUAUCACUGUGUGGAACCAGAUGAUCAGAGGAUAUGGUGGUAGCGAAACUCCGAGGAAGGCGGUUGAGUUGUAUAAGAGGCUAGUGGCGACGGAGGCCGAGCCGGAUGGGUAUACGUAUUUGUAUGUGGUUAGUGCUUGUGCUAGGUCAGGGCUGGUUAGAGAGGGUGAGCAGUUGCAUGGGCGAGUUUUGGUUGGUGGGUUUGGUUGUAAUGUGUUUAUUCAGACUAGUUUGGUUAGUUUUUAUGCAACGGGUGGAGGGUUAAGUAGUGGUGUGGGGUAUGCACGCCAGGUGUUUGAUGAAAUGCGUGAGAGGAGUGUUGUCAGUUGGAAUGUGCUGCUUGGUGGGUAUGUAAGGAGUAUGGAUUUUGAUGCGGCGCGGAGAGUUUUUGAUGAGAUGCCAGAGAGGAAUGUGGUGUCGUGGACAACGAUGAUUGCGGGGUGUGCUCAGAAUGGGAGGUCGAAGGAGGCUUUGUGUUUGUUUGGGCAGAUGAGGAGGGCGAAUGUGGAACUGGACCAGGUUGCGCUAGUGUCGGUGUUGUCGGCGUGUGCUGAAAUUGGGGAUUUGAGAUUGGGAAGGUGGAUUCAUUGGUAUGUUGAGGAGAGAUUGUGUGUAAGAGGCAAGUCGCGGUUGGUGACUUUGUACAAUGCACUCGUUCACAUGUAUGCCAGUUGUGGUUUCGUUGAUGAAGCCUAUAAGGUGUUCAAACAGAUUCCUAGAAGAAGCACUGUCUCGUGGACCAGCAUUAUAGUUGGUUUUGCAAAGCAGGGUCGCGGGGAGGAAGCUCUUCCCAUGCUGGAUUAG